AUGAUAAGUCUAUCAAAAUGUAACCAUCGUUUCAGAUGGUUAAAUUCACCGAAUGUCUAUUGCUUAGUUGCUAAAUGCUUCUCAAGUGAUUGCACUAAAUGCAUUCAUCGAUAUUUUGCGUCUACAUCUGCUGUGGUCGGUGCAUCUGACAGUAAUGACACCAGCGAGAACGUCACAAAAGCAAAUUUCAAUUCUUCGUUGGCUGUUAAGAUUCAAGACAGGGCACAACAUCAGAAUGCAAACAGAUGGCAAUCGUCUGCACUGAACAGAGAUAGUGGCAAGCCGUUUACUCGGCUCAGAGAUAGAACAGGUGCACUGCGAAGCAAUGGACGUGAAUUUGAUCGAGACGAAAGACUUCUGAUGGAGAAACAUCGUGAAACGUUGAAUACAAAUGAAUUAGAGACAAUAUUCGAUGUUGUGGAGAGGUGA